UAUCUGCCUCGGCCUCCUGAAUGAUGGGAUUACAGUAGUAGAGCUGCUGCCUACCUAAGCAGCAGCGAUUUUUAGUUCACCCUUUUUCCCCUGGGGCUUCAUCAAGUAAUUAGUGGAGAGAAAAGGUAAAAUCUUUGGCUGCUUUCCAAGUUUUUCCCACAAGUUUGCAUAAUCAAUUUCUAGGGCAUGAAAAUUUUUUCCUCGCUCUUAUUUUCCCAGCGUGUCACUCUGAUUCUCACUAAUAACUGCAUUUCCUGUUAAAGCCUGUUUGCUGGUUUUCCUUGAUUGUUGGCUUGGAAGGAGGUAGAGGGUUAUUAUAAUGUGGAGAACGACCUGGACUUUUCUCACAAUACCUUAGAUUGUGGAGUGGCCUCCCAUGAGGGGAUUUAGACAACACUAGCUUUGGUAUGCUUUGUUUUUUAAAAUGCAAUUUAGUAUCUUUAUCUCAUCCCAGUAGGUGUUUUGUUUUUUCUCUCUGGAAGAUAACUACAUGCAAAAGGCGCGUUACAUUUGUUUUUGUGGAAGCCUCGCCCCCUUCGGUUUGUCUAAACAGCUUCUUAAGCACAUUGCUCUUUUCCUGGUAGUGAUGCUGUUAAGUGUUAACUGUUCAUUGCCUAACAUAAUAGUACCCUGCUCUCAGGGAGCUAAUUAUGUUUUGAUGACUGGGGCAGCCCCUACUUUCAUACUAAGAACAAUAAAAGAGCAAUACAGACCAGAGUGUAAUUAAGUGUCCAAAUAUGUGGCUCAAGGUUAAGGAUCACCAGCCUUUCAACAUAAUGAAUCCUGUGUGGCGGAAAAAAAAGUCUUCACUGUUCUUCCUGGCAGAACCACUUGUCCCUCACUCCCACACGUACACACACACACCUUUAUCUCUUCUCUUCCCCCCACCCCAGUACUUCCCCCAAACUUCGGUCUUGCCCUCCUCCCUACAUCUGAAAGCCAGAGUGGGGAAAUGGAGGAGGGGGGGCGUGACGCCCGCCUCAGUACUGGUUUAUGUCCCCGUCAGUCUGGGGGAGGUGCUGGACGAGCUGCCCCAGUCCAGCUGCAGCCGACCCAGGUUCCAGUCCCUGCCCUUUGGUCUCCGGCUUUGCAAUAAGUCCCUAGGCUCUGGAGGGUGGGCGAGGGAGUAGCCCUGUGGAGUCUCAGACUUUUCUGGGCUGUUAGGGGGCCCCAAGCGAUAGCCACGUUCUUCUCCUGGCGAGCAGCCAGGGGAGGAAGCUGGGGCGCAGCGGCGACUUUCAGUUUCAUUUCACCGACCCUCCCGCCUGGGCCGCGCCGCCGCGAUGCCCAGCAAGUUCAGCUACCGGCAGCUCCGGGAGACCGGCCAGCACUUCGAGAGUUUCCUGGCUGCUCGGGGACUGGAUCUGGAGACUGAUCGCGAGCGGCUGCGGACCAUUUAUAACCGCGACUUCAAGACCAGCUUUGGGAGCCCCGCCCCUGGCUUCUCCUCCAUGCUGUACGGAAUGAAGAUUGCAAAUCUGGCCUACGUCACCAAGACUCGGGUCAGGUUCUUCAGUCUUGACCCCUGGGUCGAUGUGCGGUUCCCAGAAAAGAGGAGAAUGAAGCUGGGGUCAGAUAUCAGCAACCACCACAAGUCACUGCUAGCCAAGAUCUUUUAUGACAGGGCUGAGUAUCUUCAUGGGAAGCAUGGGGUAGACGUGGAAGUCCGGGGGCCCCAUGAAGCCCGAGAUGGGCAGCUUCUUAUUCGCCUGGAUUUAAAUCGCAAAGAAGUGCUGACCCUUAGACUUCGAAAUGGAGGGCCCAAGCCUGUUACUCUCACUCACCUCUUCCCACUCUGCUGGACACCCCAGUUUACUUUCUACAAUGCUGAUCAGGAGCUGCCCUGUCCCCUGGGCCCUGGUGAAUACUAUGAGCUCCAUGUCCACUGUAAGACCAGUUUUGUGGGCUACUUUCCUGCUACUGUGCUCUGGGAACUUCUGGGACCAGGAGAAUCUGAGUCAGAAGAAGCUGGAACUUUCUACAUUGCCCGCUUCUUGGCAGCUGUUGCCCAUAGCCCCCUGGCUGCACAGUUGAAGCCCACAACUCCCUACAAGCGUGUCCGGAUCACUAGCAACCCUGUGGUGACUAACCGUGUAGAGGAAGGCGAGAGACCUGACCGUGCUAAGGGCUAUGAACUAGAGCUAACUAUGGCACUGGGGACCUACUACCCCCCACCCCACCUCAGGCAAGUGCUCCCCAUCCUUCUUCAGGGAACAAGUGUCUUCACUGCCCCUAAAGAGAUUGCAAAGAUCAAGGCCCAGCUGGAGACAGCUCUGAAGUGGAAGAACUAUGAGAUGAAGCUCCGGUUGUUGCUGCACUUGGAGGAGCUGCAGAUGGAGCAUGACAUCCGACACUACGACCUGGAGUCAGUGCCCAUGACUUGGGACCCCAUGGAUCAGAACCCCAGGCUGCUCACACUGGAGGUUCCUGGGGUGGCUGAGAGCCGCCCCUCAGUGCUACGAGGUGAUCAUUUGUUUGCCCUCUUGUGCUCUGAGACACACCAGGAAGACUCUGUCACCUAUAAGGGCUUCGUGCACAAGGUGGAAUUGGACCGUGUCAAGCUCAGCUUUUCUCCAAGCCUCAUGAACCGCUUUGUGGAUGGGCUGACCUUCAAGGUGAACUUCACCUUCAACCGCCAGCCCAUGAGGGUCCAGCACCGUGCCCUGGAGCUGACAGGACGCUGGCCACUGUCACCUUUGCUUUUUCCUGUGGCCUCCUGUGGGGCUGCGCUGCUUCCUGCAGAUGUGAAGCUUAAGCUGUUUGACCGAAGUCUGGAGUCAAACCCAGAGCAGCUACAGGCCAUGAAGCACAUUGUUAUGGGUACCACCCGGCCAGCCCCCUACAUCAUCUUUGGGCCUCCAGGAACUGGCAAGACUGUCACAUUGGUGGAGGCCAUUAAGCAGGUGGCGAAGCACUUACCUAAAGCUCACAUCCUGGCCUGUGCUCCCUCCAACUCUGGGGCUGACCUUCUCUGUCAGCGGCUCCGGGUCCACAUGCCCAGCUCUAUCUACCGCAUCUUGGCCCCCAGCAGGGACAUCCGCAUGGUCCCUGAGGACAUUAAGCCCUGCUGUAACUGGGAUCCUAGGAAGGGCGAGUAUGUGUUUCCUGCCAAGAAGCAGCUGCAGGAAUAUCGGGUCUUAAUUACCACCCUCAUCACUGCCAGCAGGUUGGUGUCAGCCCAGUUUCCCAUCGAUCACUUCACACACAUCUUCAUCGAUGAAGCUGGUCACUGCAUGGAGCCUGAGAGUCUGGUGGCCAUAGCAGGACUGAUGGAAGUCAGGGAAACAGGCAACCCAGGAGGGCAGCUGGUGCUGGCAGGAGACCCUCGGCAGCUGGGGCCUGUACUGCGAUCCCCACUGACCCAGAAGUAUGGGCUGGGGUACUCUCUGCUGGAGCGGCUGCUCACAUAUAACACACUGUACAAGAAGGGCCCCAAUGGCUACAACCCCCAGUUUAUAACCAAAUUGCUCCGAAACUACAGGUCUCAUCCCACCAUUCUGGAUAUUCCUAACCGACUGUACUAUGAGGGAGAGCUGCAGGCUUGUGCAGACACAGUCGAUCGCGAGCGCUUCUGUCGCUGGGAGGGUCUUCCCCAACAGGGCUUUCCCAUUAUCUUUCAUGGUGUAAUGGGCAAAGAUGAGCGCGAGGGCAAUAGCCCAUCCUUCUUCAACCCUGAAGAGGCCGCCACAGUGACUUCCUACUUGAAGCUGCUCCUGGCCCCUUCCUCCAAGAAGGGCAAAGCCCGCCUGAGCCCUCGAAGUGUGGGCGUCAUCUCUCCAUACCGGAAGCAGGUGGAAAAAAUCCGCCACUGUAUUACCAGACUUGACAGGGAGCUGCGGGCACUGGAUGACAUCAAAGACUUAAAGGUGGGCUCUGUGGAAGAAUUCCAAGGGCAAGAACGAAGUGUCAUCCUCAUCUCCACAGUGCGAAGCAGCCAGGGUUUUGUACAACUGGACCUGGACUUCAAUCUGGGUUUCCUUAAGAACCCUAAGCGGUUCAAUGUGGCAGUGACGCGGGCCAAGGCACUGCUCAUUGUAAUAGGCAACCCUCUUCUCCUGGGCCAUGAUCCUGACUGGAAAGCAUUCCUGGAGUUCUGUAAAGAAAACGGGGGGUAUACUGGGUGCCCCUUUCCUGCCAAGCUGGACCUGCAGCAGGGACAGAACUCACUCCUAGGUCUGAGCAAGCUCAGCCCCUCUACCUCAGGCUCCCACGGCCAUGACUACCUCCCCCAGGAGAGGGAGGGUGAAGGGAGCUUGUGCCUGCAAGUGGAGCCCGAGUGGAGGAAUGAGCUCUGAAGAUACAGCUACCUGCCUUCGCCAGCUUUCUCACGCCAGCCAAGCCUUAACCGCUGCCCAACCCUGAACCUGAACCCAGCCCAGCUGCCCCUGGGAAGGAUGGGAAGGCUGGGGAGGGAGUUUACAACCCAAGCCAUUCCUCCCCUUCCCCUGCUGGGGAGAGUGACAUACCAAGCUGCUAACAAUUGGGGGAAGGGAGGAAGAAAAACUCUGAAAACAAAACCUCAUUCUAAGCAA